AGAAGACAUGUGUUUGGCGACCUCAAGCCUUAUGUAUGCAUAGAGCCGGAUUGCAAAACUGCAAAAACACACUAUACCACACGUCAAGAAUGGGUAAAUCAUGUCGAAAGUCAGCACUGGCGCUCCUGGUUCUGCCCAUUCGAAUGCAACGAGACGCUUUUAUCAGUGAGGAUGCUCAAGGAACAUAUAGACAAUGCCCAUGACACCUUGCGCUCAGAAAGUUAUGAGGUCGAGAAAGCUCUGAGAGGAAUCCCGCAUGCUUCUGAGACAGUUUCCAUUUGCCUCCUGUGUCAAGAACAACUAUCUGGCCUGAGGGACUAUACACGACAUAUCGGACGCCAUCAUGAAGAAGUUGCCUUGCUUGCACUUCGCCACCAUAAAGACAACUACGGAGUGGAGAAUUCUGAUAAGGAAGUCUCAUCAUCAUCAAAGAGAUCCCAACAGGACGAGUAUUCGGGUUGGGAUCAGAAUGUAUCUAUGCAUAUCGAAUGGUGCUUAUGA